AAAAAAAAGAAUCAAAAAUAAGAUUUUUUUCUAUUUAUUUAAUUAAUAAGCUUUUUGACUAAUUCAAAGCUAUUCAUUCAUUCUACUAACAAACAAAUAAAAAGUGGAACAAAAAAUUUAAGUAAUACAAGAGCAAAUAGUUAAUCUUUCAAUAGCUCAUAAAUAUCUAAAGACAUUUUAAAAGUAAUCAUUCCGCUAAUCUAAACUACUACUUUUUAAACUUAAACAUAUAAAAUGAACUCCUCUAAAUUAUAAUCCGUAUGGAGCAACUUGCCUGAAAAAUUAAUUAAACUCUCUACUUCUCUUAGAGACUAUAUUGAAUCUGAUUCCUACUUGAGUGAUGAUGAUCACUUACAAUUUUAAUUGACUAGUGUUGAAAUCAAAGCACUGAAAAAUGAUCUUCAUGAAGGGGUCGCAUAUAGUAAAUUCAUAGAAACACAAGAAAAUAAAUAGAUCCUUUGUUAGUAUUUAUAAUACCAGCUAAAUCAUAUAGAAAAUUUGAGGAAAGAUUUUAAUGUAUUUAUCAGCAAAAACAAUCUUUUUUGCAACUCUCAAAGAAUUGAUUUUUAUACUCCUUCAAGUCCAAACAUUUCCCCUCCUUAACAAUCAAUGAAUUCCUCAAAUCCUUCAUCACCUUUCUAGUUCGAUGGUAGAGUCAACUAAAAGAAGAACUUCAUAGGUUCUAUCCGCUUCUUUUUGUAGAAGCUAUAAUGCCAAAAAGAUGCUUACUUGGAACUUUAUUCUUAAAAAGAAGGUGUAAAUAAACUUCUUUCUGAGAAUUUGAUCAAGCACAAAUCAAAGCUCCCUAAAACAACUUACUCUCUUGAGAGACUUUGCGAGAUAGUUAGAAGCUCACUCUAAGACAUGCGCUUAUAAAUAAUUGAUGUAUAGAUUGACGAAAGAAACUCUAAACUGAUAGAUGAAAUUACUAAUAUCAAAAAGCAAUAUAACAAAAUAAAAACAAUACCACUCAUUUAAUACAUAACUAAAUUGUUUAAAGUCAUCAAAGAACUGAAGACUCUCACAUUCUAGUUCACAAAGGCAAUAGCUACCUUCGAAAAACACUUAAACGAUAAAAAGAAUCUUUAAAAUGCACAAGAACUAAUUGAGCAUAUUGAAUCAGAAACUGAUAUCAGAUUCCGUAUGAGAUAGCAAAGCGAUCCUACUUAAGAACUUACUCCAGGAAAGAAUAACAAUAAUAGAGCUCUUACAGAGAGUAAAACACUUUCGAAAUGCGGGAACGAGAACACUAUUUAUUCAUUUAAUAUCGAUGCUUAAAGUGAGUAAACUGAUGACCAGUCAUCAUUUCAAGAUAAUACUUCUUCUUUAUUUCAAUCUGUUAUGUCUUCAGGAAUUUUAGAUAGAAGAGCUCCUAGCGUCCACAAUUUAAGAUAAUAAUCUGACUGUGAUAAGGAAAAUUCGAGAUAAAGUUAAAAUAAGAUAUCACAAAAUUAAAAUUCCAACAAUUCCAGAAUAUCACCUUCCAACUAAAAUAAUGAAAAGAAAGCAUAAGCUCUUGGUGAUAUUUAGCAAGUUAAAGCAACUAAAAUCACUUAAAAUUCUAAUAACAGCUCAAAAAUUAAUUAAAUAGAAAAAAAUGAAUAUGACAACUAAACAAAAACUGCACCAAUAUUAAAAUCUAAAACCUAAGAAAGUUCUGAUAGUGCUGAAACCCAAGAAAACCUUCAUAAAAGUGAGAUAAAAAGCAAAACAGAGGAUAUUUACUUAUAAAAAAAUAGUUCUUUUUAUAAUUAAGCAAAAGAAAGCCUUGUUUCUAAUGCCUAAAGUAGUUUUGUUGAUGACCAAACAACAUAAGUAGAAAGAAAAUAUAAAAAGAAAUAUCUUUAAGACCCAGAUGACAAAUGCAUGUCUAAUUGUUCUAUUUUUUGA